AUGUCGUCUCUUGCCCCUGGACACCUUCUCCAAGGUGCUAAAUGGGGCUACCGCAUAACAGAUGCAAUUAAAGGUGAUGACACACACGCAUCCGCCGUCUUCAAAGCCAGCGUUGUCCCACGGGAGAAUAGCCCCGAUACACCACAAUGGGCUGUCAUCAAGAAAGCUUUGCCUGGCGAUAAGAUUGCCUCGGAGAACCUCGAGCGUGAAUGUCGAGGUUAUCGCCUGCCUGGUGUCGCGUCGGCGAUAUGCUUCCGGCAACUAUAUGAUGUGAUUGACAGCCACACCAUCGCUUUGGAGUGGCUAGACUCGACCCUUGCGGAUGUGAGGUACCAGCCCAACACGCGCACCUAUGCCAUUAUCAAGGCGGUUGUGAAGGAGACGUUGACCAGUUGCGUCGUGCUCGACCGCCAACGACACGUUAACACAGCCUGCUAA